CGUAGGUACCCAACACUGAUUUAGAUAAAAUGAGAAAGUUUUGGCAAACGUUUGAUUUUCUAUUUCGGACUGGUUUACAACACAAGCAAGUGAUUCGAAGAGAAAUCCAUUCUGAGGAGAUAUACGUACUACGUAGAUACUUAUUACCUACCCAUGCUUUCAUCUCAACAUUUCUAUGCAAGUCUGCAGACAAAAUGAACCCCAAGAAACUGAGCACUGAAAACUUUCAUCUCAAUAUUUACAUACUCAUCUGAAGUAGCAUUUCUGCCCACUUAUUUGUGGCGUUGAGAGGAGAAAGAGAUGGAUGACACAUUUGGCACAAUGCUGGAUAUCAUUUCUGGAUGCAUUUAUGUUUUGCUUUAUUUACUUUCCAGUACUUGUUUAGUUAUUUAUUUGUACAAUUUUUUUGCUACUAAUACUCCACAACAUUUGAUAAUCAGAUAUUUGACAAUGUACUGUAUGUACCUACUGGUAACUAUCACAUAUCAAACCUUCACAUUUUUUUUGCAAUUCCCAAAAGACUAUCCUAAAAUUUACUUGUGGCUUUUGUGGUUUUUUCGUUUCUUACUAUUGACCGCGUUAUCUUCUGUAGGGUCAGUUACAAUGAUAAGCAUAAAAAAAUUGAAGAAGUUUUCUAUUAUAAGAGUAUUACAUGGCACUGAUUCCUUGUUAUGGUUUGAUUAUACAAAAUUUUCACUCUAUCGUCUCUACGGAAUAGUCUUUAGUCUGAUCAUUGUAAUAAUCACUUCAUCACUAGAUGAAUUGACUCAGCAAAACAUUAAUUUUUUCAUCUUCCUUUUAUUCAAUUCUAUAAUGAUGCUAUAUAUUUUCGCGUUCAUGUGGCAUAUUCUUAGAAUGGAGAUUGCUAAGAUAAUGUCAUUCAUUGAUUUUUCAUUGUAUUUUCGUAUUAUCAUCAUAGUCUUUGUUCCAGUUUCUAUCAAAUGCAUAAUGUUUGUAAUUUUUGUUCCGAAGUUAUUAUUACAAGUAGAUCCAAUUAAUGCUGAGGAAAAUUUUGGUCUUAUUCUUAAUAUGCUUUUCAUUUGUAAAGGAUUCAUGAUUGGAUUACUCUUUACAUUUAAUAAAAGUAGUACAUUCAACAGAGACUCCACAGCAAAAAAAAUGACUAAUUUUGAAGAAAACUUGAUUUACGAUCAAGUCGACGCCGACGUGUUACCAUAUGAUGAAAAGUGGGAAUUCCCUAGAAAAAAGCUGAAAUUGGGAAAAAUUCUUGGUUCCGGAGCGUUUGGAACUGUUCGAAAAGCUGAAGCUAUCAGUGUAACUAAUGAAAUAGGCAAAACUGUCGCUGCCAAAACAGUAAAACUCAGCGCCCAUCCACUUCAUGUCAAGGCCUUGAUUUCUGAACUAAAAAUAAUGAUAUAUUUGGGUCAUCAUGUGAAUGUGGUAAACUUACUGGGAGCUUGCACCACCGAUUUAGAUAAAAACGACUUGGUGGUCAUUGUUGAGUACUGUCAGUAUGGAAAUCUGCACGAUUUUCUCUUUAAUCAAAGAAAUAACUUCAUCAAUCAAAUACAUGAAAGUGGAGAAAUUGAUUUUACCAUUGGAAAUGGUUCGUCAAAUGAUGGAGCAACCAACAAAGAAAAUGCUGUUUCAAAUGCAGACGAACCAGACAAAACCUGUGGAAACGGAAAUUAUCAAGGGGAGUACAAUGAUACUGACAUUGCACCAAUCAAAACUAAAAAUUUGAUUGAUUGGUGUUCCCAAAUAUCAAAGGGGAUGGAAUACAUGGCCAGUUGAAAGGUUUUACAUGGUGAUCUGGCAGCGAGAAAUGUUUUAUUAGCAGACGGCUUUGUCAUUAAAAUAUGCGACUUUGGGCUAGCAAAAAAUAUGUACAAAGAUGAAAUUUAUGAAAGAACACGUCCUACUUUGCUGCCUAUCCGAUGGAUGGCUAUAGAGUCGAUAAAAGAUGGAGUAUUUUCAACACAAUCUGAUGUUUGGUCAUUUGGAAUAACUAUGUGGGAAUUAUUUUCCUUAUCUUCUGCACCAUAUCCGGGAAUUCAGCGUUCUGAUGACCUGUAUGAAAAACUGGUAUCCGGCUACAGGAUGGGAAAACCUCCAUUUGCCACCGAUGAAAUAUAUGGUAUCAUGAAAGAGUGUUGGGAUUUCAGUCCAAUGUCCAGACCAACAUUCACUCAACUUAUUAACCGUAUUGAAGGUAUACUGAAACAGGAUAUGAAAAUAUUUCUAGAAUAGGUAGAGUCAAAUCAACAUCGUUUGUUUGUUCAACCAUUAUUUUAUGUAGGUAUGUAGAUAGUUUUUAUGCAAUAAAGUAAGUUUCCACCGGA